GUUCUAUACAGACGACACAGUGACACACUCGUCGAUGCGAUUUCAAAAGUAUGUAUAUAUACAGAUAUAAUUAGAAACGCUGAGAAUCACGAGAUCUGAGUCGUCAUUUACUCUCCCAUGGAAAGAUAAAUUUUGCGAUGGAUAAUAAUCAAAUAAAAGUGAACUCCAGCGAAGGGAAGGAUUCGACUGUGCAAAACAUCGACAAAGAAGUCAAGAAAAUGGAUAUGAAGCCACCCUCGACGAUUGGUCUCCUUGUAAAAAAUUCAGCUUUGCUUCCCGCUGGUAUAGUACAAAUCAAUAAAUCGCCGAAUUCAUUACAACCUGGAAACAAUGAUAAUCUUCCGAAGUCGAGUUCCUCGAGUGGAUCAGCCACUGGCAAUCCUCGUAAUAAAACAGCCUUAGCACCUGGGCACAGCCUCAUGGAUUGGAUUCGUUUGGGAAAUUCAGGAAUUGAUUUAACUGGUGUGGGUGGCAGAUUACAAACAGUGACUCCCACAGAAUUGGCCAAACACAACAAAAUCGAUGAUGCUUGGAUUGCAAUAAGAGGCACAGUUUAUAACAUCACUCGUUACAUGAAUUUUCAUCCAGGAGGAGUUCCAGAGCUGAUGAAAGGUGUUGGCAUAGAUGCUACUAAACUCUUUGACGAUGUUCAUGCAUGGGUAAAUUAUCAGAGUAUACUUCAAAAAUGUGUAGUUGGACGGUUAGAACGUACCAUUACAGCUGAUAUGUAUUUUACAAGUGAUAUAGUUCAGCCUCAGAAGAAUGACAAAGUUACCGCAGUUGUUCCCAAAUCAUCUCCAAUACAAAUGGAUUGGAGGCAAACGACCAAUAAUAUAACUUUUUUUUAUCGUGUAAAUCGAGAUGAAUUCAUAGGUGAAUAUCAGUUUCAAAAAUUAAAUAGUUCUGCAUUUUGUAUAAAAUUGAAUCUUGAGAAAGCCAAUAAAGUUGUACUUAAUGAUUUUAAACUAAGUGAUGAAGUUGAAUGGCCACCGAAUUGGAAAAAUACAAAUGAAAUGACAGAGGUUGAAAUUAUACUGAAAAAAAAAAUUCCAAAAAUCUGGAAGACUUAUGGAACUUUAUCAGAAUCUCAAGAAAAGUUAGAUUUACAAAAACAUACUUAUAACAGUUAUAGUAUUAUAGUGAAUUCCACAUUAUGUGAGGAUGUCCAUCUUUUGAUUUUGCAAGCAGAAAACUUAAUUCAAGUUUUUCCUCCUGGAAGACAUUUGGCUAUUAAAAUGGAUAUUAUGGGUACAGAAGUUUUAAGAAUGUAUACACCUGUUCCAAAUUUCAUUGAUCCUCAGAAUAAGUUGUCCACUAUAGCAAAAGAUGACUGUCUCUGUUUAAUUAUAAAAAAUUACAAAGAAGGUACUUUAACACCAAAGUUGACCAAACUAGAAGUAGGAGAAAAUCUGGAGCUUAGCAAUGCUUUAGGAAAUUUUCAAGCACCAAUUUUUGAUAAAUAUAGUAGUAUGCACAUGCUAGCAGCGGGUACUGGCCUUACCCCAAUGUUAAGUAUCAUAAAAAGAUCCUUAACUUUGAGAAAUCCUCCUAGUAUUAAUCUUAUUAAUUUUAAUAAGAAAGAAAGUAGUAUAUUUUGUAAUGAACAAUUACAAGGAAUUGCUAGUCAAAGAUCACUAUCUGUGACACAUAUUUUAUCCCAAGCUGAAAGUUCUUGGAGUGGUUUGGAAGGAGUUGUAACUGAACAAUUAUUAAAUGAUAAAAUUGGUGACCAGUCUUCUAAGGCUUGUAUUUUUAUUUGCGGUCCAUCAGGUUUCAUGAAAAUAACAAGAGACUAUUUGACAAAUCUUAAAUGGCAAUCAGACCAAAUAUUUGAAUUUGAAGGUUGAUCAAUUCAAUUUUCAUAAUCAGAGUGUAUGUGCCUUUUUUAUUUAUU